GUGUUCAACAGUUCAGCUUCUGGCAAAGGCCAAAAAGAAAUAAUUUCUGAAAUAUUCUUACUUUUUUCAAAGAUGCUAUAUGAGACAUUUCCAGAUGGCCAGUCGCUUCAGGACCUGCUGGGAGCAGAGAAGGGGGUUAUCGCGUGCAGGUGUCCGCGGAUACUUUUUCUUUUUCUUUUUUUUUCUUUUUUUUUUUUUUUUUUCACCAUCCUCGUACGCACUCGCUGUCCUUGCCCCGCCCACUCGUCUCUGUAGUGUCGGCUUAGGGUUGAAAGGGAAAACAUUGCCGAGACCGCUAAUAAUACUAAGGGACUUGUAUAGCGAACUAAUCCUGGUCCUUUAAUAAAACACUUCGAGGCGGUAAACACUUUGAGAGCUUUGACGACAAGUGGAUGAUUUUUUCGAGAAAUAUCCCCCGGUCGGUGAAAGUGUUUUAAGCCCCUUUUAAACAAAGACAAAUAUGGUUAAUGUUUGACAAAAUUUUAAGCAACGUCUUGACGGAUGUAUAAAAAUUUCGUUAAAUUUGGUCAAAGGUUCGCCUUUAUUUCUUUUUGUCCGGUUAAGAGGACAUUUUGGAGAAGCUGGCCCCUGACAAAAAUGUAGAGCAGCUAUGAGUGCUCCUUCCAUUGCUCGCCCUAGCCUAAGGGGAGAGAACGUUGGAGAGACAACUCAUCCACCCCCCCCCCCACCACCACCACAUGCUCGUGGUGAAUCCGUUCUGUAGUGAGCUGACUUGUCCUCAGAAGUAGGAAUCUCUCUCUCACACACACACACUCACACAAACACACACACCAACUCCAGCGCGUAAAGCCACAACAAUAAUAUUCGGGAAGUACGAAUAAACAUCAGACUUUUGGCAGAAUGCCAUGAUUUAUGUAAAUAACAAUAAAAAUGGUCCGAAACACGGCAGACACACAUAUAUACAUCCAAGACACGAAUGAUAAUCUAUUUCCAUCCCACAACCCCUGACCUCUGUAGACACGGUCUAAAAGCCACUGAAGUGUGGCGGCCUGCGCUACCAGCCAGCCUGUCAAGUAAAAACUUAGUCUUCAUACCUGUCCGACAAAAAACCCUCCAGGUACAAUCUCCAUUUCCACCUGUCUGACGAGACGGAUCGCUCACUCACGGAAGGAUGCUAAUAGUGACAUCAAAGAACCACUGUACUUUACGAGGAUGUAGCCCCCAGGCCAUGUUAACUGACUAAACAGUCCUUCCCAAUCAGCUUAAAAUGUUUAUUUUUAACAAACAAGACUGGUAUAACAGAGGCAUCCUCAGCCAUCUUGAGCAGGAACGGAUGUGGAUGGGUGAGCUGUGAAAAUCGAGGAUUUUCCCCACCUGAUGAGAUGACAUGUAACACAGAGUUUAGCUGAAGACGAUGUUUACUGUGGGUAAUCAAGGCCAGCUGGAAAGUAGUAAAUAGUACCCGUGAUUAACACUGUGCGAAGAGUCAUCCACCCUUCCCUCCACUCACGAAGCGAUCCCUGGCCUCAGCUCGUGUAUCCUCCAGUCUCUGUGCUACGAGCGCGAUAUCUCUAAGGUCGAAGGUCAAGUGGUCUAAGUCGCUGAUCGACGGCCACAAAGGUGGAGGGCUGAGUGAGACAAGUGUUGUUGCAUACUUCCGGCGAAGCGCAAAUCGCAUCUGUGAUUCCUUCACAUCGUGAAGCUUUCGGUGCGAGUGCCUUGACACACUUUCUUCAGCUGUCACCGAAUGUCGACACAGUUGCAGCCCUUUGGGGCAGUGUCGUCAACCUUGUAUCUGCUUAUCGCUGGAGUUGAUGUGAGACAUGAAGGACACGUGAAAAGGGCCGGCAUGUAGAAGAAAUUAACUAUGUAACAACAAUUUGAACACCAAAAAAAAAAAAAAAAAAAAAAAUCUCGAAUGACAUUAGAGAAUACGAAGACUUUAUUCAAUAGGGAAAACGCCAUCUUGAAAGGGAUGGAGGUAAACACAUAACAUCAUAACAUUUAUGACAAAUUUUCAGUUUAUUAUACAUUGAUAAACUGAGUGAGAGAAAGAGACACUUCCUUCAAAGAAAAAUCUUGCGGACGAUGAAAUCCACCCGCUCGCAUCGCUAUUACCGGUUGUGAAGCGCGUUCGGUCGACGGAAAGAGCCCAGGCGUAGCUCGCUCCCAGGCGCUGCUGCUCGCUACAUAUGAGUAUUUCCGAGGCGCUUCCCACAUCCCAGGGAAAAGAGGCUCGGGACAAGCGAAAACGGAGAGGCAAACAGUUGCAAUAAAACAAAGUAACACAAAAUAAUAAAAUAUUUAGUUAAAACAAAGAAGAUUGAUUUACAACCUAACAUAAAAUAACCAGAGAUAAAAAGGAUUGAAAAAAAUUAACAUUUACUGCAAUGGUAACUCAAUAAUAAAACUUUGAAAUUCAAAUCUUUUAAACUCGAUAUGGAACAUGUAAAGGCUUAAAAAAAAAAAAAAUACUGAUCCGCUGUUUACUACACAGGUGUUACACAAUAAAACUGGGCGGGUGGGAGGGGGCAAGGGGGUAGUAAACUGCCGUUACGACAUCGACGUCACAACAUUGGCCUCAAGUUGUUUUCCUUCCCGAAAGAGUUCCAAAGCUUUUGUAACAUACACGUUUUAAGCAGUAUAUAGUGUGAUAUAAAAUACUAUACCUUCCAACCGAUUACGAUUUAGCAUAUGCUUAAAUUAUUGCUUAUUUUUUACACAUUGUUUUGUUCACUUGGCAGCCAUAAGGAGUUUUGUUUUCUGCUUUACCUCAAGACAAUGCUGCAAUCUUCACACAAAAAUAAAACAAUCUAAAAAUAGAUCAGUUACGGCGAGCAUAUAUAGCUACUUAAUUAGCGUGCUGAUAAGUUUUUGGAGAAGAUGAUUACACAAUGUCAAUAUUAAAACGUAAGCGUAAAAAUGUAAACGUGUUGCAAAAUAUAAAAGCAUAGCUUUAAAUAGAUGUUUUACUAUAUAUACUUCGACAUAGAUUAAUUAAGAUUUUUCUCAUGUAUAUUUUUACAGUAAACUCAAAAAGAAGACCUCCAAGCCAAGAGAAAAAGGAUUUUUAAAAAUUUAAACAUUUACUGCAAUGGUGAAACAAAAAUAAUAAAACUAGAGUUACAGAAGCAUAUAUCACUAUAAUUAUCAAGGUAAUAAGUUUUCGCAGAAAGAUAGUAUGAUGUAAUUUUUUUUAAGCGUAAACGUGUUACAAAAUAAGUUAUAACAGUCCCCUAAACGCAUAGGUUUUAGAAAGAUUUUUACUAUUUCAUAUUAGGGUUUUUAUCCAUGUAUGUUUUUACGAUAAAUUCCAAACUGUUGCCAAUGUUUAACGGGGAAAACCCAUUCGCACCCUCAAAUAAUAGGUUUUCCACUGCAGUAAUUGGUGGAAAUUUGCACAAAAUUAAAAUUACAUUUAUGAAGUGUACAAAACAGGGAACGUCAAAUGCUUAAUACAAUUAUCUAUUAAAUAAUUUUAUUCAUUGAAAAUAAUGUUCAAAAGGCUAUAACCGAUCAACCCCCCACCACCACCAUUCACUGAAGGGCUCGCACGUGGUAGAAGCAUUUUUUUCAUAGCGCAUUUUUACGUAGUAUUCUUUUCUGUGGUGAGUAUAGUUUUUCAGUUCUUAAUUAAAGAAGUAUAACAAUUUAAGUGGGUUAGUUCUAGGCUAAAUAAAUCAGCUCGAUUAGUAAAUGAAGGUAUACGUGCUUCCUCCGAUGCUGAAAUGAAUUGAAACUUUUACGAUCUCGAGUGAAUUUUAAUAGUAAUGUCUCAACUAGAUGAUCGAAUAGAUACGUUCCCUUUACAUGUACACCGAGCUCUUACAAUAAUGUACUUGAAAUUUACAUAGAAUAACUAUAAGCUGUUUAUAACUAAGAAGACAUUAUAUUAAUUUCCAUCACGUAGGAUGCAGCUGUCAUUCCUCGAACAUUAAAGCGACUAUAUUUUGUAAACAGCUGCCAAAUGUUACAUAAGGCAAAAGUGAAAGCAGCAGUUGUAAUAUAUGAAUGACAGUAUUGCAUUAGAUGUAUUCUUUGUCAGUUUAGACAAUGGAAACAUCUUUUAAAACUUCUAAGAGACCAACUGCCUAUAAUGUCUUCUGCAGUGAGAGGCUUAAGGAAAACCGACAUGCACGUUUCCAGUCUGAGGACUGGGGAAAGCAGUGGAGGAGCCUGUCCGAAGACGAGAAAAAAUAUUAUGAAGAUAUAGCUUUCACAUUAAGAAACAAAAGUCUUGAUGUGAAUGCCCUGUUAAAAAAGAUUAAAAACAUUACGACUGUGCUUCGAGAAAAUCAGGAGGAGGUCAGGAAGGCAGCUGGUAUAGAAUCCAUGUGCACACUUGUGUACAAGGAUGGUUCCUUGUCAUGCACUGGAUUUGGCUGCCUUGGGAACCUCCUGAGCGACCGAAGAACUUAUCAGAAGCUUAUGGAGUUCGCAAACAUUGCUUCUUCAAAUAGCGUGAAAGAGUCUAUUAAAGAAUUAAGGGAGAAGGUGGCAUUUGAAAAUGUCCAAAAUUGCAAAAUCUCAACUGGGGCUGACCCAGUUUCCCUAUAAGAGGGCAGAGAAGGGGGAUUUUCUUGUAACAGGAGUUCCCCCUAGCCUCCUCCCUCUCCAGCCACCAGCAAAACUGGCGACCAAACAGCUACAAGAGCUGCUUAUGAAGUGAUUGUGUCAGUCGCCAGCCAGCCUCCCAACAGGACCUUGCAGAUCAGCCCUCAACCAAGUGGU